AAUAAUCAACAAUGAAAUUAUCAUCUAUUUAAAUUAGUAUUUUACAUAUAUGAUCACAAUGAUUACUGAAAUGUCAAACAACAUGAAUAUUGUUGGAAUAUAAGUUUUAGAUUUUUCAGUAGAAGAUAACUGAAAGAUGACCGAACAAGUGAAAAAGGGCAAACCUGCAGCGCAAAUCGAGGAAUCAGUGCAACGUUUAACAUAUCGCCAUUUUCUCAUGCCAAUCAUAAUAAUUUUGAUGAUUUAUGGAAAUGUUGUUCUGGGUACUGCUGAGACGCAGUAUGGAUAUUAUGCUGUUCAACGACAAAAAAAUAUCACCAGUGUUGUAUCUGAUUCCCGCCAAUCAUUAUGUGAAGCGAAUUCUUCAUCUAUCCGUUUCAAACAGCAACAAGAAAUACAGUCAAUAACUGCAAACUGGAAUGCGUAUUGCCAUUUGGCACAAAGUAUUCCAGUGCUUUUAAUGUCUUUAUUGGUUGGAUCAUGGGGGGACAAAAUUGGACGCAGAGCAGCAUUAAUUGUUCCUACAUUUGGUUUGUUUUUUAAGGCAGCUUUUUUCGCAAUAGCAAUAAAACUUGAGUGGAGUAUUUACACAUUUAUUAUUGCUUUUUUUGUUGAUGGAUUAUGUGGCAUGUGGAUAACUUUAAUAGCUGCUGCAUAUUCUUUUGCUGCAGAUUUGACUAAAUAUGGAAAAAGUCGAUUAUUUGGAAUUAUCAUGAUUGAAUUAACACUUGGAAUGGGUGUAACCAUAGGCGCUUUAAGCUCAGGCUAUGUGAUUAAGUAUUUGGGAUUUUUUUACGGAUCUGUUUUAAUUGUUGGUGUUACUUGCUUUAUUGCUUUUCUUAUAAUAUUCCUUCCAGAAAGUGUACAGACUACAGAAAAAUUAACAAGUAUUUCUCAGAUAGAAUAUCUAAAAAAAUCAAUAUCAUUUUAUACUAAGAAAGAUCCUUUGAGAUACAAAUAUAUUAUCCUGGCAGUUGUUUUUGCCCUUAAUGUAACACCAGCUAUUGGUAGAAUUAACGUUCAAUCGUUAUACGUGUUAAACUCUCCAUUUUGUUGGAAUGCUGUGCUUAUUGGACUGUUUGGAGCAUUAAGAAGUUUUGUCCAGAUGAUAGUCGGUGUAGGGCUUUCUCGUCUUGUGUAUAAAUGUAUGUCAAAGAGAGCUAUGAUUAUUCUUGGAUCCAUAUCUGCAAUCGCUUAUUACCUGGUGACAGCAGUUGCUGUCAACGAUGUUAUGAUAUUUAUCGUAACUUACACGUUAUCUUUACAUAUAAAGAUUUAUAAUUUAUUUUCAGCUCCAGCAGUUGGCUUAUUUGGCUCAUAUCCGAUUACUAUAAUACGGGCAAUGAUGUCCCAGUUCACCCCAAAAGAUAAACAAGGUGCAAUGUUUGGAAGUUUAGCUGCUAUUGAUGCUGUAUGUUCCUUGAUUGGAUCUGUAGCAUCAAAUGUACUUUAUGGUGCAACAGUUUCAAUAUAUUCAGGACUUAUAUGGCUUGUAUUUGGUGGCUUCCAUUUGGCUGGCUUAUUAUUAUUUGGAUUGUUAUUGUAUAAAGAAGCAGCUGAAAAGAAAAACGUUGAAGACAAUACAACGGAGGAUGUUAAACUCGUAUAUGUCGUGAAGCUGUAAUGCGGUUAUAUAAUACUUUCUUAAACA